AUGUCUGCACAUCCAGAAACACCACAAAAGCCGAUGAAGCGCAAGAAAUUGCGCGCUCUCCAUUCGGCGCAGUCCGAUGCAGCUCCCAGCGUGCCGAAGCCGGCAGACCAGCCGCAGAAGAAGAAAAAACAUCGAGAGGAUAUGUCUGCAUCUUCACUACAGGCCGAACAGCCAGCAUCGUCUACAAAACGCGAGACUGUACGCACAAAUACGGCACCCGCUGUACAGCCGCCUCUGCCGCCAUCGACUCACGGCGAUGCGCGCGAAAAAGCAGGUAAGAAACGGCGCGAUAAAGCGGAAGGACUUGUUUCCAUUCCCCCUCCAGCUGUUACAUCGGCGUCUCAGGAGGCAGAAAAACAUGUUGAUAAGGGGGAAGCUGGAGAGAGGAAGGAGAAACGGAAGAAGGCUAAGGCGAAUGCAUCCGCACCUGCUGUCGCUCCGGCGAGUGUCCCUGCAUCCGUCGCUCAACCCAAGGAUGAUGAACAAGAGACCCAAGCAUCUGCAAAGAAAAUAAAGCGAAAGCAAAAGGCCCAGGCGAGUGUUCUUGCACCUGUGGAGCCACCGAAGACUGCAGCAACAACAUCUACGCCUGAGCAGCAGCCCAAGAAACGCAAACGAAAGGCAGACGCGGACUCGAAGUCUGCCGCGCCUGAAACCGCCACGCAGGACACGUCUAAGGAAGCAGCAGGCGAACUGCAGCCGACGGCGGGAGACGUGAGUAUCGCAGACACCACCAAGCAGAGCAGGAAAAAGAGAAGGCUACAGGCCGGCGUGGUUGCCACGCCAGCGGCGCAGCCUGUUAAGGCACCAGAGGCAGCCAAGAGUCUGCACGGACAGGCAGGACAGGAGAAGGAGGAGAACGCGCAAUUUAAUGCCGCUCUUACUGACGAAGCCGUGCCUAUCGCCUCUGAGAAGAAGAAAAGCAAGCAGAGGAAGCAAGUUGUGGCGGAACAGAGCAGCAAAAAGCUGCCUGCAUCUGCAGCGCUCGCUGAACCCGAGGAGCUUUCCAGCAAGAAGGCGAAGACCGAGUCGAGUGCCCUGAAAGCCUCGCAGGCUGCUCCAGCAAAGGAGAGCUUGAAGAGCCGCCGUGUCCGUGCUCUUGCAGAGGAAAAGGAACAGCCGUCGCAGCCUGCCCCCGCGACGGAGAAAAAGAAGGCAAAGCCGUCUCAACCCACUCCUGUGAAGGCGACUGCGACAGCAUCACUCGCCUCCGCGAAGGAAAGCGGGAAGAGGUCACAAGCAGCUUCUAAGGAGAAGUCGGUGUUAAAGGAUCCGGCUGAGGAAAGAGUGAAGGCGCAGCUUGCCCUUGCGAAGGAGACCGGGAAGUCUCCUGCAAAGGAAAGCGCGAAGAGGUCGAAAACUCUACCCGCGAAGGAGGCCACGAAAAGGCCUGUGACGAAGGUCCCAGCGAAAACUGCACCAGUUCCCAAAGCGAAGAAAGCGGCGAAGACAAAAUCCCCAUCUCCUCCACCAGAAGCUUCUGAAUCCGAUGAGGACGAGGAGGAAGCUGUCUCCAUUAGCGGUGUGGAGGUUGAAGAGGAGGAGGAGGAGGAGGAGGGGGCAACUAGUGAUGACGAGGACGAAGAAUCAGUCAUCUCGGGUAGCGAUAAAGAGAACGAGGAAGAAGUGGAGGAGUCGCUGGCAGGCAGCGACAAGGAGAACGAAGAAGAGGAUGAAGAACAUUUGUCCGGCUUUUCCACGGACGAUGACGACUCUUCCGACGACGAGAGGGCGGAAGAGUGGGAGAAUGUUGGCGUGUCAGAGCUGCCGACCGUCUCCAAGGACGAUGCGGUCGUGAAGCAGAAGCUGGCGAAGGCGAAAAAGUAUCCGAGCGAAGACCGCGGAGUGAUCUACCUCGGCAGGAUACCGCACGGGUUCUACGAAGACGAGAUGCGCGCAUACUUCUCGCAAUUCGGCACCGUCACGCGUCUCCGGAUCUCACGUAACAAGAAGACCGGCCACUCGAAACACUACGCGUUCAUCGAGUUCGACUCCGCAUCUGUCGCGAAGAUCGUCGCGGAGACGAUGGACAACUACCUCCUCAUGGGACACAUCCUCAAGUGCAAGGUUAUUCCGAAGGAUCAAGCCCACCCCAAGCUGUGGGUCGGCGCGGGCAGGAAGUGGCGCACCGUGCCGCGCGCCCGUGUGGUAAGGACGCAGCACAACAAGAAACGCACGGGGAAAGAGCAGGAGAAGGCGGAGGAGCGGCUGCUCCAGCGCCAGAGCCUGAAGAAGCGCAAGCUGGAGGAGGCAGGCAUCGACUACGAUUUUGAAGCCGUUGCAUACAAAAAGAAGGGGAAGCUUUCCACGGCGUGA